GAGGAUACCUUUACGAACGUCUCGUAAAAAUCGAAAGAAGAAAAUAUAAUUUAUGUCAAAGGGUGACAUUCCAAAUUUUGACAGUGUUGUUUACAGCUUUAUAUGAGACAAGUUAUACAACUUUUUAUAUUUAUACUAUGUUCAUCCUCCAUAAAUGCCUUCACGCGUGAUACAAAUCUACAAAAUGUAUUUGAAGAUAAUUUAUAUGCAGAUCUUACAGACUGCAACUUUACGAUGAAAACUCCAAAAAUUGUAAUUAAUCCCUAUAAAGAAAAAAUGAAAAAUUUUGUCCCGUCAAAACCAUUUUCAUCAGUAUAUUUAAAGUGUGCAACUUGUUUGUCAAUCGCAAGUGAGAUAGACAAAACUUUACGAAACGUUAGACCAAUGUCUUCAUUUGAUAAAAGACCUCCAGAUAUUGUACAUUCAGAAAUAGUUACUAAAUUGAGUUCAUUAUGUACAGAAGGAUUUAACAGAUUUGAUUUAAGAAGGUAUAACGAUUAUAUUGUAAUAUCAAAUAAAUUAGCUUGUAGUGAUCAUGUUCGAACUGAGAUGGAUAAAACUUGGACAAAUAAAUUACGUGAAGUAUGUAACUUAUAUAUAUCCUACAUGAAUGUCGAAAAUAUUAGUGCUAAUUUACCUACUAGUUUUAAGGACAUUUCGACAAGCCUGUGCAGUACUGGCGGUGUAUUUCGAGAUUGCAUAAAUAUUGAUGACGAUACCUACAAAAAAGUAUUAAUCGAGCUUAAUAAUUGUGAAAACUGCAAUUGUAGAGGAAAUCUUAUACGUUGGUAAUUUAAGUC